AUGAUCUCCAUGUCCAAGCUGACUGCGGUGCUGUUUGCCCUCCUCUUCGUGCAGGCCACUUUCGUGGCUUCUGCCCCGCUCGAUGGCGCUGGCGCUAAUGAAGCCCGGUUCGCACUCGCCUCCCGGGCAUCGGACGACACCGUCUGGGUGAGCAUGCUUGAUUCCUCCGCCACGAGUCGGCCCAAUCGCGCGCUCUACCCUGGUACUGAGGUACCUUCGGACGUCAUGACGCACCUCAUGUCUGAGCGACACGGCGUCGAGAACCACGUGCCCAUGGGCGUCCUACAGAACCACUGGAACAAUGUCAUUGGCAAGUUCCACGAGAUGAUCCUCGACCCCAACACCCCGGUUUCGAGUAUGAAGCACGAUGGCGAAACCUACUUCCUCACUCGCUUCCGCCCCAUGCGCGGAUCUCCGUACCCCGAGUGGUCGCAGAUGGUGGUGCCCACCGCUUACGUUGAGCGCGAGGCCUUGUACCCGAUCUUUAUUGGAAAAAUUGGCUCGCGCACUGCCCAUGGUCAGAACAUCCAGCUGCUCGCCAUUCGAUCGCCUGCAACCGUGGCAGAGCGGGCCAGCUUCGUCAUCAGUCUCAAGAGCUCGCGCAACCUGGUCCACCUCACUCACCUUCUUUAG